AUGUCUGCAGAUCUCUUUGCGGAGUUCGGUAUGGGGGCUGCUCCCCCUCCAUCCCAGAGAGGUUCAAGCCAGCAGUCCGCCGGGUUCCAGUCGACCUCUUUAAUCCCUGACUUGGAUGCAUUUGAAGAAUCUUUCACCGGUCCUUCAUCCAUCCCGAACAGAAAUGCAACGAAAUCGCCUCAAUUCGACGACAGCUGGGACGACUCAGCUUUCGCGGCGCCUAGUACAUCAGGGCUGACCCAUUACGGACCCGGAAAUGAUGUCUUAUUUGACGCCACCCUUGAAAGUGUUCCAGAUGAUGAAAGCGAUGACUGGGGCGAAUUCGAGAGUGCGGACGUGCCUGCUACUAAACCACCAGCAAAUGCCGGGUUACAGUCUCACAAGGUCAUGAAGGAACCUAAGCCCACGCCAGUUGCGAAACAGCCGGCGCCUUCCAACUUAUUAGAUUCAUUGUCAUUAAGUGAUGAUAUACCACCAUCCUCUAAGCGAAAGCCCGCUGCGAAACGGAUGGUACCUGAAGCACGCAAAAAGGAAUUGCCAAGUCUCAAACCGGCUCUUUCUACCCAGGAAGACCCUUUUGAGGAUUGGGGCGACUUUGUUGACGGUCCGCCUACAGUUCCCAGUCAAACAGGCACCUCAGGUGCUACAGCCUCAGUAACCCGGGCGCCUCGCAAGGAAGUGCAGCCUCCGAACUCUACGGUUGGUCCAUCGAAAACAACAAGCUCUUUCCCAACAUCUAGUCAUCCUACAACAGCCGAUCAAGUUCGUCCGACCAAUAUACCUCCGCCAUCUGUUUUGCUUGAGCUAUUUCCUCGGUUACUGGAUGAACUUCGGCAAGAUGCCACCAAAGCAAGAAAGGAAAUGCAACAAAAGGAACAACUUGAGAACACUGCAACUCUGAUCAUCUACACUCUAAAAACCGCCGCGCGGGUUGUUGCCGGCCGAAGCCUACGGUGGAAGCGGGACUCCAUACUGAGUCAGAGCAUGAGGAUUGGCCCGGCUCGUUCAGGGAAGUCGGGAGGUAUGAAGCUCAACACAGUGAACAAGAAUGAAGAUAUCAAAGAAAAGCAACAAGCUGUUGAUGUACUUUCCAUGUGGCGCGACCGGACCGCAAUCUUCAACUCCGUUGUUCAAGCCACCAAACGACAACCAGUUCAGGUCAUACAGGAGAAUACUCGGGUAACGACACUUCCUGCUAGUCAGGGGGCUUUGAAGGCGCCUCACGCUUGUGCUCUAUGUGGCCUCAAACGAGAUGAAAGGCUGCCCAAAGUUGACGACCAAGUCGAGGAUAGUUUCGGGGAAUGGUGGACGGAGCACUGGGGUCACACCGACUGCAGGCAUUUCUGGGAGAGAAACAGGGGUCUACUCGGACAAAGCCAGACUAGGGUUGCCAAGAAUUCCGACUAUCACAUCAGGUGCAUCUAG